AUGGCUUGGCGAUUAAGGUUGAAUGGCCUUGGCAAGAGGUUGAGCAGCAAUUGGUCGCGGCUUUCUGAGAUCUAUGCAAAGGCAGGGGAUAAGGUGCCCGAUAAGCUUCCACUUUUGAAAAAUGAAGCUAAUCACAAAAUAAGGUGCGGAGUGAUUCUGCAGUCGUUAAAGUCACAGCGACAAUCUGCGUUCUUGAGCGCACUUCUUUCGGACGUCUAUAGUAACGACCAGUACUGGCAUGACCAGUUUUCUCAACGAUACUCAAAACGUGGCCCUAAACUGAUCCGAUACGGAGCAUCGCUAGAAGUUCACAGACUGGACAAUUCAAGCACUCUGUAUACCCUCCCCUCGCCUUGGCUACAGAAACAUGAUAUCGAAUUGUUGGAGAUGGAUGAAGUGAGCCCGGCUAAUGAUGGGUGCCACAUUUACUUGGGUUUAGGAAAGGCCCUUCCGGCCAUGGUCUGGACGACGCUAUCCAUAAGCGACACGGACUCAGAAUCACCCAUGGGAACACGCGAGGUCAACUGCAAAAAAGCGCUAGCUGGCAUGCGAAAGCUCAUUCAAAGCAAGUCCAAUGUCACCGAAUAUUUGAAAGACCUCGAAUCUUCUAACUUCCUUUACAUUACACAGCUGCUUGAAUCGCAGCUUUGUGACAAGAAUCACAUAAUGGAGCGCCUUAAGCAUGCUGUGAUCAAAAAUAUCUAUGAGACUGACACUUCUAUUUCUAAGUAUUCUCAACACCUCACCGAAAAAAAAACCAUCGAUGGAGAAAUUGACAAUUGGGCGUAUAAGGCACAUUCGGCUCUUCAAUCCCAACUCAAGCCGCGCUUGAAGCAGUUUGUGCACGGCCAGCUCUCUGUCUAUAAGCUCCACACAUAUUCUGAAAGCCAGCUAGAAUUAAAACUAAGGGAAAUGUGUGAUUUAUCAAGGACUUCCGAUCUGACGGAAAAAAUCAAUCAUAUUCGGGGAAGACUGAAUCUCCCUUUGUCUUCGCCUCCGGUAUGGGACAUGAAUCGCUUGCACCAAAGGGCCAAUGCGAUGCAUAAGGUGAUUAAUAAGUUCAUUUAUCAGCAAUUUUUCAAGUUUCAACUUCCGUUGAUUCUUUGUUCGGUCUUAGGUGUCUUAUCUGGUCAAUUCAGUGCAUACUCAAUGGGCUCUUUGGCUGCUUUGGGACUUGUCCUUGGGGUGAACCGUACGAUGCACCAAUGGUCAGCAAUUUUGCAGCGUUUCCAGACCGAAGUACUAGAGGAAAAGAGGCUUGAAAUCGAAGUGGCCCGUGGAGAAAUACAAACUGAGUCGAAUAUCAAAGCUGAGAAUGAAAGCCGGAUUCUUCGGAGUAAGGUUGAAAUUCUCGAAAAGCUGAGUAAGUAA